UGAAUUUCUGUAGUGUUGGUGUUAAUGUUGUUGGGGAUGUUCAUGGGAGUGAAUGUGACUGAUUUGUGAAUGUAUGUGAGCAGUCCUCCUCCUCCCUUGUGUUCUCUGUCUUUCCUAAUGCUGGUGUAGUUGGUGAGACGAGGUGUGUUGUGUUGUUUUUCUAGUUUGGUUUCUUGUAUGGUGAUGAUGUCUGCGUGCUGUUGUGAGGCGAGUUCUUCUAGUUCUGUUUUCUUGUUUUGGAUGCCGUUGAUGUUUAUUUGUAGUAUGGUCAGUGUGUGUUUGUUGUUUUUGUUGGUGGGUGUUGUUCUUUGUGGGUUGUUCGGGGGUUGUGGUGUUGGGGUGUUUGUUGUUUGCGUGUGUGUUCUGCAUGUCCACGUGUUUGUGUAUUGGCGGGUGGUGAUGCCGGAGCAAUGUCUGUGUAUCCAGUGUGGGUGUGUUGAGUUGCAUCUGAGUGAGGUUUGUCUGCGUGUGAUGAUUCUAUUGCAGCUAUUGCAGGUCCAGGUUUGGGGGGGUGGUCUUGUGUUUGUUGUAUCUCUGUUGGAGUUGUCUGUCCGUGUUGCGUUUGAGGGUAGUGUUGGUGAGGCGAGUGUGUUGUUUUGGUCUGUUUGUGCUCUGCUGCCUGUUGGUGUCCUACGAGGUGUUGUUGUUCGUGGUGGUGUUUUGGGAUGUAGUCUGCAUUUCCAUGUUAUGUUGUAUUGUCUAGUGUUUAUGUUUGUGCAAUGUUUGUGUACCCAGUGUGGUGUGUGGUGGUUGCAUCUGAAGGAUGUCUGUCUUCUUGUAAUCUGUUGUGUGCAAAUGUCGCAUGUCCAGGUAGUUUGUUGUGUGUGUGUUUGUUGCGUGCGUGAGAGUGUCUGUGUGGGCCCCGGAUUUGUCUCUAUGUCCCCCGCCUGGGGCAAAAGGUCCGCCCGCCACCCUGCCAGGUUCAGGGGGCGGUUAGCCGAAAAAAAAAAAAAAACGGCCGUAAGGGCACCCCGUUCGGGGUGCAGGGAUUGGUUCCUUGAUUUGUCCCCCCGUUCGGGGGGAACCCUCCAACUGCGAGUAAGCCAAGGAGUUUGGAGGUACAGCAGGUUGACAGCAGUGUGAUCGAGCAGAUUAGAUAGAGUAGAAUUUGAAUGGGGCUU